AGGAUUGUUUUCACUCCAUUCUAUUUCCUUGCAUUUUCUUUCCACCUCUUAUCUUCCCCCAAACCAAACACCCACUUAAUCAUCUCAUUAAUUUUCUUGGCUCUUCUCUUACCUCAAGACUGCACAACUCUUCAAAACAAAACCCUAAAAAGUUGCAGUCUUGAAAAACAGAGACAUGGGCGCAAUCAAAUCCGCCAUAGGAGACGCAAUCUUAACCUCCAUGUGGGUAUUUUCCUUACCAUUUCUCGGCAUUUCAUCCUCAAUCAUAGCCACUUAUUUUCAAAUCGAACCCAAAUCAACCCUAAGUCUACUCAUAACCAUAAACCUAGCUACCCUUCUCUACUUAAUCUUCAGCCUCAUGGGCGCCGCCUUGGGCGGGGCAAGCUUCAACCCAGCCACCACACUAACAGUCCACGCAGCUGGGGUCAAACCAGAUUCCUCUCUCUUAUCCAUGGCGGUGAGGUUUCCAGCUCAGGCAGCCGGCGGAGUAGGCGGCGCGUUGGCGAUCUUGGAAUUAAUGCCGGAGAAGUAUAAGCAUGUUCUUAAAGGACCGUCGUUGAAGGCGGAUCUGCAUACCGGAGCUGUGGCGGAAGGGGUUUUGAGCUUUGUGGUUUGCUUUUGUUUUCUUGUGAUUAUGUUUAAAGGGCCUAAGAAUUUUCUGGUGAAGCUGUGGUUGUUGGCGUGUGUGAUCACUGGGCUGGUGAUUACCGGCGGGAAGUACACCGGCCCGGCGAUGAAUCCGGCGAAUGCUUAUGGGUGGGCGUUUGUUAACAAUUGGCAUAAUUCUUGGGAGUUGUUUUAUGUUUAUUGGAUUGGUCCGUUCAUUGGGGCGGUUUUGUCUGCUUGGGUUUAUCGGUUCUUGUUUAAACCGGCUGCUGUCUCCACCAAGAAAAAACAAGCUUGAUGAUUAACAAAAACAAGAAUGGUUUGUAAUUUUAUCAAUUACUUAAAUUAAUUGGAAUUUUCUGAAA